AUGCGUGCCUCGUUAGCGCUUUUGCCAGCCCUUGCGGCCAUGACCGUGGCAAGUCGAUGCCGCCCACGGACAACGACGUCGUCUUUGGCAACGUCGACCUUGACAUCAAUGGUAGUUAGUAGCCCAACAAGCUCUACCGACUACACUUCCAGCGCUGUCAGUAUCAUUGAGAGCACGACGACCACUACAUCCGAUGAGCCUACAGCAACUGAGGCGUCGACCGUGGAGCCCUCUACCACGGAGCCUGCCACGAGUGAUCCACCCACCACCAGUGAGCUGCCCACCACGAGUGAGCCACCCACCACCAGUGAGCUGCCCACCACGAGUGAGCCACCCACCACGAACGAGCCAUCCACCACGAGCGAGCCACCCACCACGAGCGAGCCGCCCACUACCAGUGAGCUGCCCACCACCACCGAGGAGCCUACCACAACAUCCGUCGAGAGCACGACCUCAACCGCUCCCAGCUCUGCUCCAACAGUCACGGGCUUCUGCCUGAAAGCCAUCACCCCUGGUGUGAGCAAUAAAGACUACCACAUUCGUGUGCUCUCCCCCUACUCCAACCUGAUCACCGAGGCCCCGACCGGCUCCAAUUUCGGCUUGUUCGAUCUCGACAUAUCUACUGGCAAGAUGAGCAUCAGCGGCGGUACAUGGGCUGGCUAUGAGGUGUACGCGCUCCCACCAUAUGACAACCAAAAGCUUCGUGUUAUCCGGUUCACGAACACGCCGGUAGAACAUCCUUUGCGCUGCUCGAACCCGGAUGGAGUGUAUACGACUGGGUCGGUAUUGAAGUGUGAGGUGUCAGCUCCUUGGGCUGACGGUGUGAUGAGGAGGUAUGCCCUGUGGAAUAGCGGUAAUAGCUCCCCUAUCGAUGCGUGGAACAUUAUGCUCGAUGACUAUGUGAGGGCUGGGUCCUAUAACUACGAUGUGGGCAUGUUCUUUGGGGAUGACUGCAGUGCGGUGGGUGCCCAAUGA